GUCAGAGCGUGAGGCGGAGGAAGCGAGGCGUCGAGCGCACCCCACCACCGGCUGGUCCUCAGUCUCCUCUACGGCUCCACCACCACCACCAUGUCUACCACCGCAGCUCUCGUGUCUUCUGGAUCUUCCUCAUACAUUCCGAGAAUGCUAUGCUGUUUAGCAGUGUUGCUGCAGCUGGUCAUGGUCCAAACAUCCCCAGGUGUCGCCGACCAAGAAAAUUGGUGUUUAGACGAAACGCUUCAAAAAAUUGCACCAGGCCCAGCGAGUUCAAAGUUUGAUCAGUGUCACCAGUGGCAGAAUAGAUCUUGCUGCACGGAAGAGUCUAAACGAAUGAAUGCAUCAAGUCUAGACUUCAAUUUAGAGCACUGUUCACGAAACGGCUCGAUGUCUGACAACUGCAAACGACACUUCGUACUGGAUAGAUGUUUUCGUGAAUGUUCACCAAACGUUCACCCUUGGGCCUUGAUGGAGACGCCAUCGUCGGGACUGGUACGAUACAGGAACGUGCCUCUGUGUGCCAUUGAUUGUGAACUAUGGUUUAAGGCAUGUGCUCACGACCUUACUUGCACAGAUAACUGGACCAAUAACUUCAGGUGGCUGAACAUGACUGAUGGUUGUCCAACUAACAAGAGCUGCUUGACAAAUUACUGCCCCAUUAACUCUACUUGUGAAACCAUUGAAAAAAUCUACAAAACUAGCCGAAACUUCUGCGAAAAGGUCUGGGACAACUACUGGCAGUAUACCGACUCGCCUCAAUGCAUGAGGCUACAGUUCAACAAAUCUGUCAACCCGAAUGAUGCUGUGAGUGUAGCCCACGCACGACUCUCGGCUGGGGCUGCAGAACAUGCCUCCAACCUCCUCUGCUUCACUCUUCAACUGGUUGUUAUUUGGGCACUCUCUAACCAUGUAUUUAUAGUGUUCUCGUAGUGAUUAACAUAUUUUGCACAUAUGAAAAAUGUAAAAAAAACGUAAAAUCUUAAUUAUAAACUUGGUGUUUUGUG